UCACACAAGCACAGUUUUGUCAAUUUACCUGCAGCCAGCACAAUGGCAAAGACACAGAAUCUAAUUCUUACAGGAUUAUUAAUAUUCAUCUCAGCUCAUUGGGCUUUGUGUGUUAUAGAAGAAGAACUUCAUGCUGAUUACUGGAACAACAAAGCGAGAGAAGCUCUUCAUGCUGCUCUAAAUGUUCAGCCUAACGUGCACCAAGCCAAAAACCUCAUCCUCUUUCUGGGUGAUGGAAUGGGUAUACCAACAGUGACGGCUGCCCGUAUCCUCAAAGGCCAGCUGGAAGGAAAUUCGGGAGAGGAAGGAAGUUUGGUUAUGGAUACGUUUCCUCACCUGGCACUGUCUAAGACCUACAAUGUAGACCAACAGAUGCCAGACAGUGCUGGCACAGCGACCGCAUACUUAUGUGGAGUGAAAGCCAACUAUGGGACCAUUGGAGUCACUGCUGCCACUCCAUUGGGUAAAUGUAGUGCUGUUGCUGGCAAUGAAGUCACAUCUAUUCUGCACCGUGCGAAGAAGGCAGGAAAAUCCGUUGGAAUUGUCACAACAACGAGAGUUCAGCAUGCUUCCCCCUCUGCAAGCUACGCUCACUCUGCUGACAGAGAGUGGUAUUCUGACAAUGAACUCCCCACUGAAGCUGUCCAAAAUGGCUGCCGCGACAUUGCUUACCAACUAGUUCACAACACAGAGAUAGAUGUCAUUCUCGGUGGAGGUCGUCAGUAUAUGUUACCCAGAGAAGUAUCAGAUCCUGAGUAUCCGACUGAGACCGGAUCCCGGAAGGACGGAAAGAAUCUUAUUCUUGAAUGGGCUCAGAACAAAACAGGUGCUAAGUAUGUUUGGAAUAAAAGUGAGUUUGAUGCUGUCAAUCCUCGGAAAACAAACUUCCUUCUAGGUUUGUUUGAAACAAAAGACUGUCGCUAUGAGCUGGAGCGGGAUUCGUCCAUGGACCCUUCGCUUACGGAGAUGACAGAGAAGGCAAUCAAGAUUCUCCGUAAGAAUCCCAAAGGAUUUUUUCUGUUUGUGGAAGGGGGGAGAAUUGAUCAUGCUCACCAUGGCACCCAGGCCAAAAAGGCUCUCCAUGAAGCUGUAGAGUUUGACCGUGCAAUUGGGCGAGCAGCUGAACUCACCAGUGAACUGGACACACUGACUGUAGUCACUGCUGACCACUCCCAUGUCUUUGCCUUUGGAGGAUAUUCUGCCAGAGGAAACUCCGUUGUUGGAGUGUCUCGUUCAUUGGCCAAGGACAAGAAGCAUUUUACCACUGCUGUGUAUGGCAAUGGGCCAGGAUAUCAGAUUGUUAAUGGAACUCGGCCUGAUAUGAAUGAGUCAAUUUCAUCGAUGAAUGACUACCAGCAGCAGUCUCCUGUCCCUCUUGAGUCAGAGACCCAUGGUAUAGAAGACGUGGCCAUCUUCGCCAAAGGACCAAUGUCUCAUCUUUUUCACAGUGUUCAGGAACAGAAUUAUAUUCCACAUGUCAUGGCUUAUGCUGCCUGCAUAGAACCCUAUGAAAACUGCAAUCUCCCAGGCAACAGUGGAGGAAUUCACCCCAGCCUGCUUCUCCUUCUGAUGGGCCUUCUGCUUACCCUCUGCUCUGCCUGAGAUUAAAAUCCCAACAGGAUUUUAAACUUUUAUUUUGGCUUAAACAUAAAUUAUUGUUGACAUAGUCCUGUACAUACUUUAAAUGCUUUGCUAAUGCUCAACUUUAACCUUCGCAGCCAUUGAGAGUAAUUAAUUUUGUUCAGCAUUGAGAUGAAAAACGUUUUCUUUUAAUGCUGAAAAUAAGAGCUUUACACUAUAACACUGAAAUAGGAUUGUAAUUUUUCUAAUGUACUAUUUAAAAUAACUAACUUUGAUUUCCCUAAUAGAUUAUCAGCUUGUUUAACAUGUCCUACUGCCAUGAAUAAAUAUAAGCUGGAAAUAAAAUAAAAUAAAAUAAAAACUGUUAUAAUAAAACAUUA